UAAUUUCUUUCCGCCGCGACUCGCGGCGCCCGCUCGUGGCCGGUGCGCGCGCGUCCGCAACCCACACCGCCUUCCCACUCCCAAAUAGUCCUCCGACCACUUUCCUCAUCCCUGUCUUGCUUGCCAUCUCCCCUCCCCUCUGCAGCUUCUGCUCUGCUCUGCACUCCCCUGCCGUCCUGCGGCGUUCGCUUCACCUGCUGCUGCCGCCCGUCGCCAAACUCCAGUCACCACCCCGGCACCCCGCCAGGCGCGGCCGUUCCUCCCGCGAGAGGACGCGUGUCCAAGCUAGGCUGGCGGCACCUUGUUCCGCGUCGCAUGGACUCCUGCUGUGUCUGUGUGCUGCCCCCCAGCCGCCGCCCGCAUCGCUGCUAACCGGGUGCCUGCCUAACCGGCCGAUUUCCUUCCUUGCAUAGCUCCAUUCCACCGCACAAAUAGCGCGCGGCUUUCCCAAUUCCCACCCUGUGGCCCUUUUCCGAGAUCUUUGCCACUUUGUGCGUCCUGUAGCGGCUGGAGGUGAUGGAGUGGGGGGACAGGGUCAAGGAGGCCGCCGCGGCCGCCGCGGCAGCGGACGAGAGGGCCGGAGGUGGGGAGGGGCUGGGGGGGUAUGUCAAGGUGAUGACCGACGAGCAGAUGGAGGUGCUCCGCAAGCAGAUCUCCAUCUACGCCACCAUCUGCGAACAGCUCGUCGAGAUGCACCGCACCCUCACCGAGCACCAGGACUCCAUUGCAGGAAUGAGGUUCAGUAAUCUGUACUGUGAUCCUCUAAUUAUUCCUGGAGGUCACAAGAUCACAGCAAGGCAACGAUGGCAACCAACACCGAUGCAGCUGCAGAUCCUUGAGAACAUAUUUGACCAAGGCAAUGGAACGCCAAGCAAACAAAAGAUAAAGGAGAUAACAGCAGAGCUCUCACACCAUGGCCAGAUCUCUGAGACAAAUGUCUACAACUGGUUUCAGAACAGACGGGCACGGUCGAAGCGGAAGCAGGCUGCUGCUUUACCUAAUAAUAACACUGAAUCUGAAGCUGAAGUGGAUGAGGAGGCCCUAACCGACAAGAAGCCGAAGUCAGAUAGGCUGCUCCAUGAAAACAAGGCUAUGAAUGUUCACAGUGCUGAGAGGAUCUCAGGGAUGCACCACUUUGAUGCAGAUCAUGAUCAAAUCGGUGGCAUGAUGUAUGGAUCCAAUGAAAACGGCAUGAGAUCGUCUGGCGGUUCAGGCCAGAUGUCCUUCUACGAGAACAUCAUGUCGAAUCCAAGAAUCGACCAUUUCCCAGGGAAGGUGGAGAGCUCCCGGAGCUUCUCACAUCUCCAGCACGGGGAAGGCUUCGACAUGUUUGGAUGACAUCUCCCUGCACCGAGUUACCCUGUAAAAAGUGAUUGCUGACGGCAUCGCCCAAUUUGCUGACAUGAAAGUUCAUCCUGAGCGACUCUGUUGCUUGCCAUGGUCUGGUUUAACCAACCCCCAGAUGGAAGCUAGCUCUCCUGGAACCUACUUGUUGGAAUAGGUGUAAGAAGUUGAUAUAUAGUAUUUGCCCGUAGUCUAUCAUACGCUCAAUUAUUUUCAUGUAAUCCCUCCACGUUUGCAAAUUUAGCAUGAGACUGUCAUAUGCUAUGCAGCAGCUUCUUA